AGUCCUGUUCCUUGUUUUCACACGACGUUUGACGUASUUGAUUGCUUCAUCAAUGUAAGGUCUGUUUUUGACUCAUUAACGUUCUGGAGAAGAUUCAUUACUCGUGUUCAAGGGAGAAAGAUUUUAUCGUUUUAAUAAGUAUUAAAUCAAGAAUGUAGAACUAUUUACUCAAGGAAAUAGGAGGUCUUUCACAGUUUUAAAGUACGGCUCCUGGUUCUCGGGUAGUCGCAAAAUAACACACCUAUGGAUAGGAGCAUACAGCCGAGAAGAGACRACAAUACCAUUCCUAGUCAGGAAUUUGAAAGUAUCAAGAAACGAAGGAUUGAAAGUCUUCCUCCAAUUCUACUGAAAAAGUAUUGUCCACAAAGYGAGAGUGUCUUUGAGCGCUCCGAAACCACAGUAAUCCCAACACUUCCUUACACAAAUUAUGAGAAAAAAGGAAAGAUCUCAUUCAGAGAACACAGACUGGAACGAUUCACUCGAGCGGACGARCUACCUCUUGGGCUGGCAUUUAAACUAACGAGAGAUGUCAUUAAAAUGGAAAGACGAAUAAAAGAAGAAUCUAUGAUGAAGGAAAUUAGAAAAAAGAGAAAAGACUACGAGACGCAAAAGAAUAAAGCUGUUUCUGACAGGMUCACAAGCAUGAAUCGAGGGAUUUYGGUACGUACKUCGGUAUGUACUUCGCACCGCGGCUUCUCGUAUUUCCCGCCAUUCGACAACAAACAUGACAAAGCUGCCAYACUGAAGCAUCAUGGCGACUUCGAGGCGAAAGUGAACCAGGAUCGAUUUAGCGUCAAUAAAAAGAUGGCUUUGGAUAAAAUGAGGGAAUUUGGGCUUCGGCAUAAGAUCCACGCUAGAGAAAAUAGCUGCCGAAACGACCUCGAUAACAAAGCAUAUUAUCAUCAGUAAAUGAACGGUAAAACUAGCCAAAAGUACGAUCGACAAAACACACAAAAAAGGAAACUCCUCUCUCUGUUUCUCGGUUUAAUGAAAAUCAAGUGCUAAACUUACAAUCAUCUUAUUCUGAUAUCGCUUGACUGUUGUUGAGUUUUUUAGUUAAAAGGCAUGUAAAAAAUACUUUAGAGUCGUCUCCAUGGAGAAWAAUAGUAAAGUAAAGAGGGUGGUGUGGGUUGGAAAAAACUCUUGUAACGAAGAAAAGACUGUUGGAAAGUAGGUUCUUGGAAGUAGGUUCUGUGGAAAAAACAUUUCAGAGUCGUUCCCAUGGAGAAUAAUAGUAAAGUAAAGAGGGUGGUGAGGGUUGGAAAAAACUCUUGUAACGAAGAAAAGACAGUUGGAAAGUAGCUUCUUGGAAUACAUGCACCACUAAGGGAAGUACUUUUGGUCACAAUCAAUGUGAAUACUAUGAAAUUAUAYGAUAAUGAGAGACCGCAUCUAUCUUCGAAGUAUGACUUCUCAUUUGGGUUAACAAUUAAGGCUAAUAUUAAAAAUGUGAUGUUUUUGGGUAGAUUCCAUAAGAUAUAUGCCUCUGCUGUCCUAGUAUUUAUCAURACGACCAGCAUGAAAUGAUUAUAUGGCCGCAGAAAUCAAACACAUAUCAAGUUCUUYCAACUAGAGUAAGCAAGUUCAUCACUGAAUAUUGUAUGAAAAACGUCUUCUCUCCAGCCUACCGAAAUAGCGUGAGACUGGAGACCAGAGAAGCAUUCAAUAUUGUAUAGGAUGCAUGGGAAGGAGAGAGAGAGAGAGAGAGAGAGAGAGAGAGAGAGAG